AUGCAUUAUUCACAAAGUUUACCUUAUGCAAGUCUAUUGGGUGGAGAGGCAGAAGAAUGGUUAAAGGAAAUAUGCGAAAAUUUGGUUAUAUGUGUCAAGGCAAAGGAUUUUGCUCCUGGCGCAGUUGCUUGGGUUAGACGACUGACAAGUUAUUUGGAUAUGAAACAUGCCUUACCGAAACAGACAAGAGCAAGACUGGCUAAACUGUUGUAUGAAAUGACAAUUAUGCCAGGCAUGGAUCCAGCUCUUAUUGAAUUAUGGUCAACGAAUUGCGUUCGACUCAUCAGAAACAAAAAGAAGUUAGAACCAGAGGAUUUACAAUUGGAUUGGCGACCACUCUAUGAGCUGAUACAUGAAACACUCUUUCCAAAGACAAGAGAAAAGACACUCAUAAGCGAAUCGAAAAUGAUGUCUUCUGUAUUAAAACUGGCAGAAUUAGCACAGCGAUACUUUUCACCAAACGCAGCCAAAGAGAUUCUAGCCGAAUUCCUUCCUAAAUUCAGUAUGCAUUCAGUAGCAGACGCUCUCUUAGCUCAAGGAUAUCUCACCUUAUUCUUACCUGUCGAGUACCAGCCAAGACAGUCGAUCAGUCCAGAUAUUUAUCUGCCCACCUUAUUUUCGCUCUGGUCUACACUGACAUGUUCAGCUGCGUAUGAUGCACAAUUCACUCAUCUCAUGUCUCGUAUUGCAGAAUCAAAUUUAAAUUAUGGUACAUCAGAAGUGGGAUUAUUUACAAAACAGCAGAUACAAAUGAUAUUCACCACCGGGCUGAAGAUGAUGAAUUUACCCGUCGGCACACGUAGUGACGGAUCAAGUUCAGCCGGAGGUGCAUCAGGAGGGACUACAACUGGUUAUGGAUCAGCAGGUAUUAGAGUGGAUGCAAGAGCAGGAAGUGCAUUACUUCUUCGAAAGAAGCCUGAAAAAUUCAAAGCAUUGGCUCGUUUCAUUGUAUAUACCAUCAUACCAGACGAAAGCAACAGCAGCUAUACACUGUCAUUACUAUCAGAACUUAUUCAAGCAACAGAACUUUAUUAUCACCCAUCUAACCAUGGAUCGUGGGCCUACCUGCUAACACAGUUCGCUCGACACCUGUCACAUGAGUUUCUGAAGCGAUGGAGAGAGGAACAAGAAGAGGAUUGCGAGACACCUCAGGAAAGACGAUUGACGGUAGAGUUGAAGAAGCAGUUUGUGUUGAUCUUACGACCCGUCAUUUAUCUCAGUAUGUUUGGUAAAGAUCAGUUUGUGCUAUCGGCCAGUAUCGCUUCACUUCGAUUUCUUGCAUGGCUGGAACCAUCGCUGAUUAUCCCUGGCCUUUUGGAACGCAUCUAUCCAUCACUCGAAACACUCACAGAGACACAUCGAACGACAAGCGCACUUUGUAUCCUGAUUGAUGUCGCUCGACCCUUGUUCUCUCGCCAAGUGUACCCCGCAGGCGGUAAACACCUGCUGCCUCUCUUACAUCUAGCUAUUCCAGGUAUUGACAUGAAUGACCCCAUCAAGGCACUCUCUUCGCUCAUGUUUAUAUCCAGCGCACUCAUGACAGUGCCUAUUCGAGAUAUGACGCAUCAACUAGGCGACUUUUCACCAUCAGAUCAAGAGGAUAUUGAGAACCCAUUUGGGGAAUUUUCAAAGGAGACUGAAGAUUAUCUCAUCAAGACAUCGACAGCGCAGUUUGAGGAGUGGUUGGCCAAGUUUAUGAAUCGUGUAUUUACCAUCUUUGAGAAUUUGCCACAAGAGAAUAGAAAGAAGCAGGGUAGCAGCAGUGCCCUUCAUACGAUGGAAUCAGGGCUUACUCAGAUUGUGCUUCAUACCUGUGACGUGGUGUUUGGCCAAUUAUCUGAUCAGUUGUACGAUUUGGCGCUACGUCUGAUCGUCGAGUUUGUGAAUGACAGGGUGCUACCCAAUGCGACUCGAGCCGUGGGGUUAUUGUGCGACCUGACAUCGAGCUUGAAUCCAAAGAAGGCAGCCAAGGCACUGAUUCCGCUGUGCAUCGAUCAGAUCAGGACGGAACUAGAGCACGGUGCGUCAUCGACCGUGAGCCAUGCUGCAUCGUCCAACCUUGUACAAUCUGACUCGACGUUGCACUGGUACCAGAAUAUUCUAUUUUCAGUGGUUUCUAAUUUAGGACCUGAGGUCUUGAGCUACAAACAAGAACUGAUCCAAGUGACUGACCUGAUGCUGCAACAUUGCCGCAGUCGCCGUGGCAUCAUGUGGACCGGCAAACUGAUCCGCAACGUAUUGUUCACCCUGCUGCAACUUUACCCAACCGAGUUCAAGAGCCUGAAGCCUUCGCAGUGGAACGACUCAGAGUUUAUGGACAUGCACGCACAUGAGACCUGGGGUCAAUCGGGAGAUCCUGCCUGUCUUGAUAUACAGUGGCAUGUGCCUUCGGAAGCCGAGAAAGAUUUUGCACUAGAGUACCUCUUUCACUGUUGGACACCGACCGUUGAACGACUGUCAGAGAUCAUAAAGACCGCACCAGAGAUGAAUACGCACGAGCAGAGUAACGAGCUUUGCCGUCUGUUGGCUGUGAUGCGAAAUUGUCUGAUGGGCAGUGCAACCAUGGUCGCAGAUGAUGGUUUGGACGAAGAAGAGACGAUUGAAAUGGAGCCAGACGAUAUGAAUUGUGAUGAUGACGAUGAUGAGGAUCACCAGCAGUAUAUCGCUAAACGACUCGAAGUGGGCUAUGCAUUUACAGAUCCUCAGGACCCCCGAACAAAGCAGGCUAGACAAUUCCGAAAAUCUGCUGGCGAGUUGAUUCACGCCCUUGCCGGCUUUUUUAAGACCAAGAGAGAGGAUGAUGUGGAGAGUAUCAAGAUUUGGAUAAAAAUAGCUCGUGCGUAUCUGUCGGAACGAGGAGCAGAAAAAUCACAGUUUGAACGUAGUAAGGCCGGCUAUAGCUAUGCCAAGAACUUGGUUAAGAUCCCCGUGUGUAAGAAAGAGUAUCCACGUAAUAUCUUGAUCAGAAGAGCUUACAAUCAUCAUUUGCUGCGAUUGAGGCUCAACGUCAUGGGACGGCUGAGAACACCACAUCAUGACGCGAUCUUGUAUGACCUGCUCGACUUCUCCUUGAGUUCAUAUGCAGAUAUCCGAAAGCCUAGUCAGGUAGCACUUUCAGCAACAGCACGGUGUUUUAGAGGCGCCAAGAGUCUUGUCCUUCCUAUCCUACUGGACGCACUUCGGCCAGGAACGACGGCCGACCGCAUGAAGGGUGCUCUCUACCUCUUUACGCACAAGUCUAUGUUGUUACCUUGCCUUCGAGACUGGAAGUUCAUUCCUGGAUUUAUCAUGUCCAUCUGCCACGCACAGCACCAAGAUAAACUGACGAUCCAAGAACUGAUUCGCAAGGUAUUUAUGGAGUACAUCUCAAAUGUACAUUCUCUCUCCUUCCGUGUGCUGACUCCACGCGACAUCACACCGAUCCUUGAAUCGAUUCAUUCUAUCACGGAUGAGUCAAAAGUGGCUCAGCUGGAGGCCAAGGUGGACUCACGCUCCACGUUCCAGGUAUCGGCUUAUACUGGUCUGAUCGAUCACUUGCUUGGCUUUUUGCAAGACUCACAUGUUCAUUGGCGAUUUGCUACCAUGGCUGCUAAUUUUAUCGAAGUGUUACUACGGGCGGACGUCAAGCCUACAGCUGCACUUGCAAGAUUUGCUAAUGAAGCAACGCUUUCGGAACUUCCGACCAUGCGACGUAUCGGCGUAAGCACGACGACUCAGUUAUUGUUGUAUAUCAAGCAAAGAACCUUGGCAUCAGGAAAUCCUGACCUACUCAUUACCAAGAAAGCAUUACGUAACCCUCUAAAGAUAGAGGUUCAGGUACCAGAAGGUGAGCAUAAUUUCAGCCAACAGUUACUACAAGCGUCCUUUGAGCCUAUCGAUGUGAAUAAGAGUGUCUUGGUGGACGAUACCGUCCUGGGCUGGUACGUAUGGCCGACAUCUUACACAGCAUACAAGGUGAAUGCACAUGAGAGCCUAUUCGAAGCGAUCGAGCCAGAUUCAGUGGAAGCGUACACUACAUUUGGUGAAGCGUUCACGAGCCCAGAGUACUGGGACAAGAUGAGCAAAUAUCUGUCUGAAGAAGUGCACCAAAAGAACGAAGACUGCUUCAACGAUUCACAUGCCCGACUGUUUAGCAGCAUUUUCCAAAUGUAUCAAGACCUACCCCUUGAAGCGGCCAGACCAUACAUCGAGAGUCUGUGUGCAUCCAGUGAUCAAAAGAACGCCCAGCGAGCCGCCUCAGAGAUCCUUGGGGGCCUUGUUCGAGGCACAAAGCAUUGGAACCCAAGCAAAUUGGCGCGCCUAUGGGAAUGGUUGUUGCCCUUGUUGCAAAGGGCCUUUUUGAGCAUUACGCCUGACUCGCUGACGUACUGGGAAAGCUUUGUCAAGUAUUGUGCGGCCCGUCGAGAUCCGCGACGCAUUCGGCCGCUCAUUGAUCUUCUCCUUUCGUCUGAACUCGAUCCAACCUCUGAUGCAGCAUUUAAUGAAGCCCGUAAGUUGUUGCUGAUUCGCGCUAUGGUGGUCAAACUGCAGUGGCGUGGACUGACCCUGGUGGAUCGAUUACUUCGUACACACCUCAGUAAUCUGCAGCAUCCGUAUAAGCAGGUGAGAGAAGUAAUUGGCGGCAACAUUUAUGAAUUCCUUCAACUCGAGUGGGUCCCUGGCGUAUCUUCAGUGGACUCGUUGUUGAGGACGCAUGCCAAAGCCGGAGACGGUGUUGGCCACGUGGCUGCUGAGCUGAAUGCUGAGCAGCAAACAAGAGUGACAUACAUCAUUCAAAGGCUAGAUCAGUGGUUCAAAGAGAUCGACGGCAACACGGCGUCGAGCGAUUAUGCGCAUGCAAGCAAAACAGUUCUAUGCUGGCUGCACGAAGCGCUUACACACUGGAGACUCGCAGGCACAUUGCCUUACGUCAUUCCAUUUUUGCCCAAACUAUUCAUCAUGCAAGAGAUGAAUGACGAUCAAGACUUACAAGUGAUGGCAACUCGAGUAUUAAACCUGAUUGCGCAAAUGUCGUAUCCUCCCAGUAUGCUACCCACUCUUAUUGACCAGUUCCUGACGAUCUUGACCACGUCCACAAGCUGGCAUAUCCGUAUUCGAGUACUACCUGUGCUCCAAGUGUUUUUCUUUAAGCAUCUGUUUGCGAUGUCCAGCGAGCAGUUACUGCGUAUCAUGCAAGUCAUCAGUCGAAUGCUCUUGGACUCACAGAUCGAGGUACGGCAGCUCGCAUCCGUCACGCUGGGUGGGCUCGUCCGAUGUUCACAACGAGACGCUAUUCAAACGCUUCGACAUCAGUUUGAGACCAAGAUACAAGUCAAGAUACCUCGACGCAAGCGAGAUCCUGUGACGGGCAAAAACGUGGAGCCUGCUGGUUUUGCCGAAGCCGUGCUACAGAAACAUGCGGGUGUCCUUGGGCUGUCGUGCUUAAUAAAUGCGUUCCCCUAUGAAGUUCCAGAGUGGAUGCCUUCGGUGCUUAUCGAGUUGGCAGACUGCAUUUCAGAUCCAGCUGCUGAAAUACAGGCGACCGUCAGAAAGACCUUUUCAGAUUUUAGACGUACUCAUUCAGAUACUUGGCAUGAGGAUAUGACAAAAUUUAGUGAAGAUCAAUUGUCUGUCUUGAGUGAUAUGCUUAUCUCACCUUCUUACUAUGCAUAA